AUGUGUAAGUUUAGCAACUGGCAAUGCAUUUGCAUGCCUCAGCUUUUGUUGGUUCCUGAAAUUAGGCCUGAGCAGAUGACAAUGUCAACAACUGGUUCUGUGUCAGACAAUGGUGUGGAGUCUCCUGUUGUGGAGGGAUCCCAUCAGUUUGACACCAAUGAGGCUGUAAAUUGUUCAUUCCAUUCCCUCUCAAUUCGUGAAGAUGCCGGAGAGAGGGGGCCCUUGAUUUUAUUGAAAAUCCUUGAAGAGGGACAUGUGAAAACAUUGUCUGAUGCCAAUCAGGAAAUGUGGGAUAGUAUGGUUUUCAAGGAGAGAAGAGAACUGCAGACACAGCAGAUUUUGCCAAGAGAGCCAAUUCCUUCUGAUCAACUAAGUCCAUGUUUUGGCCUGUUUGCCCUUACACCUACUCAACUCAGCUCUCUAUGGAAUGUCUUCAAGGCUGGCAUCAUGGAUGUCAUUCAAGAAGUUACCCAUAGACGAGACAGCAAUGUGAACAUCUCUCCCCUCAGCGGUCUUGAGUCAAAGGUCAAGCUGCAGGUGUUAUUCCGGAUGACAUCCAUCCUUUCCCUGUAUCUACAACACAGGGCUUCUGAGUUGCAAGGCAACCAAAUUGUGUUAGGUCCUUUCUACGAGGUCAUGGACUUCACAGCAAGAAGCUUGAGCUAUCCUGACUUGGAGUCAGAGUACAAGGGGCUAUUGCCCCACAUCUCCCAGGUGGUGAAACUAUACUAUAGAGCUGAAUUGCCACAUCGGGAAACACUGGGACUUCGAGCUCUCACAUAUGAUUUCCAGAGGGUUCUUGACCUGGAAUUGGGAUUAUCCAAACCUCAGAAGCAUUCUCGGAAAAAUCAGAAGGGGAUUCUCAAGGGGGCAUAUGGGCUUAGGGGCUGCCUAAGGGUGUUGCUCCUGGAAGGGGCUGUGGAGUCAUCUCAGUUCACACAAAAGGUGGAGGAUGUGAUUGAGAUGUGUUUCUGCUCACCCUGCUUCACAUCAUGUGAUCAUGGAAUUAAGUUCCUAGCCCUGUUCCUCUCCUUGAACGCAUCCCUUUGUGAUAGACUGCACAAGUCCUUCAUGAAUCUCCUACUUGACCAUCUCAGCCCACAUGCAGCCAGAUCCUAUGGGAAGGCAUUCUUGCACGCCUGGCUUCUUUCAACUCAUGCGGCUGUCACUGAGAAAUUGGAGGACAUUAUUCAAGAUCUGAUGAACAAUUCUCUUCAUGGAAACCGGCUGAAGCAUGGCGGAGUGUGCAAUGUACUAUUUGCCUUUCUGGAUGCCAUUCAUGGAGAGGGGAAAAUUAUGAAUGCAACUGGGCGAUGCAAUUCUCUCAUUGAGAAGUUGUACCGCCCAAUCCUAUGGAGGGCAUUAAAGGGUGCUAAUGGCCUGGUGAGAUGGAAUGGGACCCUGCUGUUCUUCAGUGCAUUUCCCUUGGAAAGCAUCUCCCUUAGUGUCUUGGACCGAGACCAACUCCAGCAAAAGCAAUUCAACCUUAUUCCUGACCUUCUCCUAGAUGACUGCCCUCAAGUUCGACUGGCAGCUCUGUCUGGACUGGGAAAGGCUCUGAAGAGAUACUGGAAGGUGUUUCCUGGGGAAAAGAUCAAGACAUUCAUGAAGAUCAUCAUUGAAGACCUGUCUAUGGAUGGAUCCACUGUUUCCAUUCGGGUCAUGUCCUUGCAA